ACCUAUAAAGCCAAAGGACCCGCACUCGCCCAAGCAAGUUCCACUCCUUCAGGGACUUCCUUCCUUCACCGAACACUAUAUUAGCUCCCCAUCACCAUCGAUCAAUUUCUGAUUCCGUAGUUUGAUCUUACAUCUCUUCUUUAAUCGCUUUUUGUUAUUCCGGUGGACAUCUUGUGGGUUGGAGCUGUUUAACUUGAUACACAUGGCUCGCCCAGGCUCCCACAGUUCAACCUUUAAUAGGAGUUAUCGCUGCUACCCUGUGUCUUUCAUUGAUAAGACACAUGUGGAAAAGGGAGAUAAAAUUAUUAUGCCUCCCUCUGCUCUUGACCACCUUGCUUCUUUGCACAUUGACUACCCAAUGCUUUUUGAACUCCGAAAUCCUUCUGUCGAGCGAGUUACACAUUGCGGGGUUCUAGAAUUCAUUGCAGAUGAGGGCAUCAUAUUCUUGCCCUAUUGGAUGAUGGAAAACAUGCUUCUGCAAGAGGGAGACAUUGUGCAAUUAAAAAUUGCCAGCCUCAGAAAGGGAACUUACGUAAAGCUGCAGCCCCACACUAAGGACUUCUUAGAUAUCUCCAAUCCCAAAGCAAUCUUAGAGACUUCAUUGAGGAACUACUCGUGUUUAACAACUGGUGAUACCAUAAUGGUUGCUUAUAACAACAAGAAGUACUACAUUGAUAUAGUUGAAACAAAACCAUGCUCUGCAAUCAGUAUUAUUGAAACAGACUGUGAGGUUGACUUUGCUCCACCUCUUGACUAUAAAGAACCUGAAAAGCCAGCUCCAUCUCCUAGGUCAAAUAGGACAGCGCCUGAAGUUGACGAAGAGCCAGCCAAAAAGAUACCAAAGUUCAGCCCAUUCACUGGUGUGGCAAAACGUUUGGAUGGAAAACUACCAACACAACCAACUCCAUCAGCUAACAAUCUGAAACAUCACCAUCAGGAGGUUGGCAAAGAUGUUAGUAGCUCCAAGCCUUCAAACUCUGCGUCGUGUUCACACUCUGGAAAGCUCAUCUUUGGUUCAAAUGUAAACCAACCCCAAAUUGAACCGCCAAAGAAUGCACCAAAGAAGAGCAAUCAAGAGGCAUCUCAGAAUGUUGAAGAACCUAAAUUUCAAGCGUUCACAGGGAAAAAGUAUUCUUUGAAAGAAUGAAAUUGUUUCAAGUUAACUGACAUUCUUCGAUUUUUUGAGAUAAGAAGAGCUAGUUCAACUUGUUAUGGUGAUUUUGUGGAGGCCAGAACGGUCUCCUCGCAUUCUUUUGCAAAGUAUGUUUUUGGAACCCAAGAUGGCGAUAGAAAUAUUGAAGUACAUGCUCUUCGGAAGAGCAUAUAAUACUGUUCUUCAGUUUAGUAUAUUAUUGCAAUACAAAACUCCCCCAAACCCCCCUCAUACUUUUUAUCA